GCGUGGCUUAUGUCCAGGAGGAAGGGGCGGGUACCGGGUGAAGUCCUAGUCGCCCUGACGGGCUCCGAGCGUCAUGGCCUCGCCGCCACCGGACGUUGGAGCUGACGACUGUCUCCCCGAGUACCGCCAUCUCUUUUGCCCGGACCUGCUCCAGGACAAAGUGGCCUUUAUCACAGGUGGUGGCUCUGGGAUUGGGUUCCGUAUUGCUGAGAUUUUCAUGAGGCAUGGCUGCCACACAGUCAUCGCCAGCAGGAGCCUCCCAAGAGUGUCCAUGGCUGCUGAGAAGCUGGCUGCUGUUACUGGCCAGCAGUGCCUUCCUUUAUCAAUGGAUGUCCGUUCUCCUCCAGCUGUAAUGGCUGCUGUGAACCAGGCACUGAAGAAAUUUGGCAAAAUUGAUAUCCUCAUUAACUGUGCAGCUGGAAACUUCCUGUGCUCUGCUGGUGCAUUGUCCUUCAAUGCCUUCAAGACUGUGGUUGACAUCGACACCAUUGGCACCUUCAAUGUGUCCCGAGUACUCUAUGAGAAGUUCUUCCGGGACCAUGGAGGGGUGAUUGUAAACAUCACAGCAACCCUGUGUCUCCGGGGACAGAUGCUGCAGGUUCAUGCAGGCACUGCCAAGGCAGCUGUGGAUGCUAUGACACGGCAUUUGGCUGUGGAGUGGGGUCCCAAGAAUAUCCGUGUCAACAGCCUGGCCCCUGGCCCCAUCAGUGGCACAGAAGGACUCCGGAGACUGGGGGGCUCUCAGGGAUGGGAGAGCACAAAUGGUCUUAUGAGCCCACUGCAGAGGCUGGGGAACAAGACGGAGAUUGCCCACAGUGUGCUCUACCUGGCAAGUCCUCUGGCUUCCUAUGUGACUGGGACUGUCCUCGUGGUUGAUGGAGGGAGCUGGUUGACAUUUCCAAAUGACAUCAAGAGGCUGGUGGAGUUUGAAUCCUACUCUGCUAAACUCUAGCAGGGCUGUAGACCACUCUCCAGAUACUGCAUCUGUCUCUGUGGAACCCUCUGAUUGCCUAACCAGACCCAGAAAUUCUCUGCUUGUUUCUCAAGAAGGCAAGAUGAAUCCUGCUUGGAGCUACUAUGGGGGGGGGUGUCUCUCCCCAUUGAAUAAAUCACAAUGGAAUUUUUUUCCACAGAAGAUUAAAAUAUAAAAUCACUUCUUGACUUAUGUUUUGAAUUUAUGUAAAAUAUCAACUUCAUUAAAAGUUCUAAUUCAAAUAU